AUGCGUGGUUGGGGCCUCUUCUUCUUCCUCCUCUUCCUCCUUCUCAUCUUCGCGGUCGUCGGAUGGGUGGCCUACACACAAUACAGCGCCCGCAAACAAGGGCUCCCCGCCCCCUCCCUCAAAUCAUGGAAAACUUACAUCCCAUUCCUCAAGCCUCAGGCCUCAUCAAACUACCCUGCCCCUCGGCACGCGGGACCGCUGGAAUGGGCCAGGGACCAAUUUUCCAAGUUGACCAGAAGACGCACGGCCAGAGGGGCCUAUGAAGAAGCCGGAAGUGGCGCCGAUGGACUGGUAUCUGGAGGUUCCAGAGGUAGGGGAGGCAGAGGGAUGGAAGAUGAUGCAUGGGACACCAGAGUAGGAAACGAAGACCCCUACGGACCCGGAGUUGGUUAUUCUGGAUAUGAAGAACAGGAAUUGGGUUUGGCCCCAACCCCGGGACUGCAGAAUGAACCCUAUGGCAGCGGCUCCCGCGGAGGUUCGGGCGGAGACUACUUGGGCGCCACAGGAAGCGCAGGGUAUUCCGACCUUGAUGUGAGUGGACGAGGUCGCCCAGGCAGUUCUUCCAGAGACAACCCCUUUGGCGAUCAACACGAAGCGACGCCGCGGCUGAGGAGCGUGAGCCCCAGGCCGGAAUCGGAUGCAGCAGCCGCAAAGGGACAUACAAAGGGAAACCAAAGCGUGGACACUCAAGGCAGCGGAGACGGAAACUCGAGUCCGAUCAGCACGAGAAAAAGCGCCUUCCGAGAGGGGAUAUAA